AAACGAUCCGAGCGGUCGAUCGACCUCUCUGGCUCGAUUGUCAUGUCUUUCCAUUUGCGCCACAUGGCGAAUGAUAAGACUGCAUGGAAGACGUUAGGUGUGUUUUGAAGCCGCAGUCACUAGUUUAGCCUUAUCCUAAAUGUCCCGUUAGUGUACACAAUACAAAAAACAAAAUGUCGCAAUUACAAGCGAGAUUCUACACGGAGAACAAAAAGUAUGCAGUGGAUGACGUCCCGUUCUCCAUCCCAGCGAGCUCUGAAGUGCUGGACCUCGGAAAUGUUAUCAACAAGCUCCUCCAAGCCAACAAUGGAUCUCACAAGCAAGUGGACUUUGACUUCCUGGUCAAGGGCGUGUUCUUGCGGUCGUCCCUGGCCGUUCACAUGGAAACGGAGAGCAUAUCAACGGAAGACGUGGUUGAGAUCGAGUACGUGGAGCGGAUCAGUGCCCCGGAGCCGGAGGAGUGCAUGAUGCACGACGACUGGAUCAGCGCCGUGCGCGCCGACUCAGAGUGGAUCCUGACGGGCUCCUACGACAAGACGGCCCGGAUCUGGUCGCCGGAGGGCAAGGCGGUGAUGACGGUGGCAGGACAUACGGACGCGGUCAAGGACGUGGCCUGGGUCAAGAGAGAGGGCCUGACGUCGUGGCUGUUGACGGCGUCCCUGGACCAGACGGUGCUGCUGUGGGAAUGGAACUCUGAGAGGAACAAGGUCAAGGCCCGCCACUGUUGCCGCGGUCACGCCGGGAGCGUGGACGCGCUCGCCGUUGACCCCACCGCAUCCAAGUUCUGCAGCGGCUCCUGGGACAAGAUGUUGAAGAUUUGGUCGGCAGUCCCCUCGGAGGAGGAGGAUGAGGUUGCGGCCCCCGCCAACAGACCCCGGAAGAAGCAGAAGACGGAGCAACUAGGCCUCACCAGGACGCCUCUGAUGACUCUGGCGGGACACAGCGAGGCGGUGUCCUCGGUCCUGUGGAGCGACGCCGACGAGCUGUGCAGUGCAUCAUGGGACCACACUAUCCGCCUGUGGGACGCCGAGACGGGGGAGCAGAAGACCACGCUGACGGGCAGCAAGGUGUUCAACUGCGUCUCCUACUCGCCGCUCUGUCGGCGGCUGGCGUCGGGCAGCACCGACCGACACAUCCGCCUCUGGGACCCCCGCACCAAAGACGGGUCGUUGGUGCUGCUCUCCCUCACCUCCCACACGGGCUGGGUGACGGCGGUGAAGUGGGCGCCCUCCCACGAGCACCAGCUGAUGUCGGGCUCCCUGGACAACGUGGUGAAGCUGUGGGACACCAGAAGCUGCAAAGCGCCGCUGUACGACCUCGCCGCCCACGAGGACAAGGUGUUCUGCGUGGACUGGACCGAGAGCGGGCUGAUGCUGAGUGGCGGUGCGGACAACAAGUUGUACACAUACAAAUAUUCCCCCUGCAAGACGGACGCCGGAGCGUAGCAACGCCCCGAUC